AUGACGUCGCUGCAGAACCUGUUGGGUCCUGCAUCCAGCCACGGCGACUCACGCCCCUGCUCGAGCGACGACGGUGCGAUUUCAUCGGGCAUCACCUCGAGCGCGGACGCGGCCGGUCUCACGGGCAGGAGCAGUAGUACUGCAAGAUCGACCCGGGCAACGCCUUCGUCUGAGCCAAGACACGAUCGAGUCCCCUUGACCGUACGCUCCAAGUCACCCUUUGCGCUACCUUCGCUCAGCUCGUGGACGAACGGCGCAAGGGGUGCUGCUCGCGAUGCGAUGACCCAUCAUCAUCAAGCGCGGGCAAAAGGGGCUUCGCCUUCACAAUCGUCCACUUCGACGACGGGGGUUUCGCCACGCUGGAGUCCGGAAUCUUCAAGGACCUCAACCGGUGUCAAUUCGACAAACACACCACAUCAGCACGCGCCGACGCAAGCCUCGCCCAGGUCGUCGAUCGAACAUUCGGCGAUUCGCCCACCACCGUCGACCGAGGCCAUUCUGACCCAACCGACGACUACAGCGCCUCAUCCGCUUCAUCGACAACCCUCGUCGAGGGCUUCCAACAUCUCAAGCGCCUCGGCUACUUCGGCAUCGCCCAGCACAAAGGCGGGAAAUGAUUGCUUCAUUUGCGGAACGACCCAGACCCCUCUCUGGAGACGAGACCAGGAUGGCAACCCAAUCUGUAACGCCUGCGGUAUGUUCUCAUUUCUUCCUCUGGUUCGUGAAGUCCAAUAUCGCACACCCUGACGUAUUUCCGCGUUGCACACGCCAGGACUCUACCUCAAAUCCCGAGCCGGACCUCGACCCUCCGGCGCAGGAUCUGCAGAAUUUCACGCGGGUGAUUCUUCGAGGCCGACCCUAGCAAGCGCUACAUCCAACGCAUCUAUAUCAGCAGUCGGAUCACCCUCCACCCAGGCCUCGGUGCUACGAACUCCUCCCACUCCAGGGGCGGCAACGGGAUCGCUGCCCACUGACGACUCGGGGAUAGGCUCCCCUUUAAUUCCCCACUCCCCUCACUCGGCACCGGGCAAGUCGUCUCGAUCUUCCACUGCUACGACACCCUCGUCGUCCGCUCGAGCGCUCGGGGGUUCCACGUCAGCGACGGCUGCGCACGAUCCUCCGUCGGGUUCCUGCCCGGGAGGGGGAGUCUGCAACGGCUCGGGUGGGCAGUCGUGCUGCCAAGGAUGCCCCGCGUUCAACAAUCGUGUGAUGCAUUCGAGCAAGUCUGCGACGUCCUCAACUUUAGCGCACGACCACACCACCGCACCGGCGAACCCAGGCGAAGAGAGCUCAAUGAACGGGGUCGAAUCAAGUGGGGAAGUCACCGCGAUGGAGUGUUUCAACUGUCAAACUCGUGAGUGGCGAUGCAUGUGAUAUGCCUACACGAUCGAACUGUGGAGUUGACCGUCCACCUUGUCUUGGUUCUACUGGUCCUCCAGGAACGACGCCACUUUGGAGACGCGACGGGGAAGGCCGAGUGGCUUGCAACGCAUGUGGUGAGUAUAUCGUUCCCUGGCCACAUUCAGCGGCGUGUCUACCAUGGGUGGUGUUGCACCGGCGGGAGUGGUGGGAGGAAAGGAGGCAGCGGGCCCCGAGCGACGAGAUCGCAAGUGGUGCGCCAGCUGCGCGAAUGCGCUCGUUUCGCGGCGAGCCGUCGCGACGAGCCGCAAUCAGUCCCCGAACUUUCCUCUCGCUCUCGCCUUGCUCCGCACCGCCGAUGCAUUCGCCUUCGUCGUUCCUUCAACUUUGGCGUUGCAAGGCCAUGUGGACCAAAUGAAGCUGACCUCUUCGUCUCGUUCCUCACAAUCCGGCCGCCUUCAUCUAACUCGUGUGCGCUAUCCGCUCUCGAUCGCCGAACCUCGACAUCGGCUCACCUCCGAUCAGGCCUCUACUACAAGCUACACGGGACACAAAGACCAGUCUUGCUGAAGAAAAUGACCAUCAAACGCAGGCGCCGCGUACCCAUCGUAAGUGUUCAUCUUCCUCCCACAUUGGCUCUGUCAGGCUUGAAUGGGAUCGCAUUGCUGAGAUUGCAGCUCGGUUAUGUGAUCUCGCAGCCAAAUCGAGUGGCAAAUAUGGCGGUCAAUGUCAAUGUGGAUGGAGACAAACCCCAAGUCGAAGAGAAAUCGACCCCUCCGGCCCCGAAACGUCGCAAGACGACGAAGCAAAAGCCGCGGCUUUCCUCCCCGAACACGGUGAACGGAGAAACCUCGUUCGGCAGCGGCGUGAGCGAAGAUGGAUCGGAGGAUACCGCGAUGUCAGUGGCGAUGACGGCCAACAGUCCACUGGGGCACAGUCUUCCCGAUCUUGUGGCUGCCGUUUCUUUCUUGGCUCCGCCGGCGGAUCGAGCCGAAACGGCUACGCCGUCCCCUUCGACGUCGACCAUUCCUCUCGCCGCCCAUCCGGCUGCUCCGUUGGCCUCCCAUCUCCAUGCACAUGCCCACCACGCCCACAAGCAUAGCCACGCCCAUGCGCAUUCACACACGAUCGCGCACCCUCACCACCAUCACCUCGCUCCCGCUCGGCCACACACGCACACCCGUUCGCACGCCUCGGCGCUCGACACCCCUGUGCACGCCUUGUCUCUGAGGGAUCUGACGACGUUCCGAGAUUCACUGGAAGCCGAUUUGCUGGCAUCGAGGGAACAAGUGACCCGCUUGGAGAUGUACGUUGCAAGAGGGGAGCAGUUGCUCGAAGCGGUCCGAUCGAGUGUCAAGGACAGGGAGAGGGCGGUGGGAAGGGAGGGACCUACUGGGGCGGAGGAAUCGAGUCAAAGACAAGGGAGGAGUACCGACAAGAGGGAGAGCACUAAUCGUGUAUCAUCAUCAACCUCACGAACGGCAGAACAGGAUCUCGAGGACUUGUUUGGCGAUCUGCCCAAUAUGGAAGCCGUGCCUCUGCCGCCGCGGAACAAGAAGGGGACAACGACGACUACUACUCCGCUACAGGGUUACGGAAGCGGCCAAGGCGCAACUGGAGAUGCGGUAUCUGCGGCUCCUUAG